CUCCGCCGAGUUUCGCUCCGAGGGCAGCAUCUGUGCCAGUCGUCGCGCCGGCCUGCGCAGAGGAUGGUCUUGAGCGCUCCUUCUCCUGAGGCGGUGAUGCGCUGUGUAAAACGCGCUGUUACGCGUACGGCAUAGGGAAAAAAAGAUAAGGCUGCGAAAAUGUACUCGUCGGUGAAGAGCGUCAGAAAACGCAGGAUUAUCAAGCGCUCGUCUCGAACGAGGCUAGAAACGUGAACAUAGAGUUGAUGCGAUUGCGGUCGGGCCUAUCGAGGCGAGGGAGUUUGACGACACGGAAGCAGUGCCUCGCAGCGUCCAGCGUUACUAGUGAGCAAAAAUCAUGACAAUCCUGGGACCCGAAAGAACUACGCAAACAUCUGAAGCCUCUUCUGCACGGAUGGAAAUGACAACGUGAUUAAAUUUCAUUUGGAGAAAACUUUCGUUACUGAAACUGAGAUGCCGGUAACACGGGUAUGUGGCAGACAGUGGUGUCAUUUGCUCUGCUACUGUCUAGUGCUCGCUCUCGGAACUGGUGCAGCUUCUUCACUGGCGAUGAUACGAAAGCAGACGACGCUGAACGACAGAGCAGACGAUGUCGACAGCACAGACGUCGCGGCGUCGAGCUACGAAACGGCGGCCGAAGAUCCUGUUGGUCACCGUCAGAAUGGCAAGAAAAUAAACAGACAAGAGGACCGAAGUAGUGACUUUGAGAAAUUGGAGAAACGGCUACCCAGCGCGCUCAUUAUCGGCGUGAAAAAAGCCGGCACGCGAGCGCUGUUGGAGUUCCUGAGGCUUCACCCCGACGUCAGAGCUACGGGUCCGGAAACCCACUUCUUCGAUCGUCACUACAACAAAGGCAUAGAGUGGUACAGGCUCCAGAUGCCCCUGACCCUGCAGGAGCAGAUCACCAUGGAGAAGACGCCGAGCUACUUCGUCACCGAGGAGGUGCCGGCGCGCAUUCGAAGUACGCUCCCGCAAGCUCGCCUCCUGGUCGUCGUUCGGGACCCGGUCACCCGGGCGCUCUCCGACUACGCGCAGACUGCGUCCAAGCGCCCCGACACCACGCUGCCCUUCGAAGUCCUGGCGUUCCGCAGGCGCCGAAGGAGAAGAGGCGGUGACACCAAUUCAAACAUUCGCCACCAGUCGCCUCGCAGAAGGCGAGCCCGGUCUAGAAAUGACACCUUCAGUGGCGGAAGAAACGUCACGACUCCUGGAUCCAGCAAAAUCGAGUUUCCAGCAGCUCCUCGCUAUAACAAGCGUGAAGGCGUUAAAGAAAGAUUUCUUGGGAGGCUGAAUGGCCGCGACAGUUCACAGCGGGGGCACAUAACCGCUGACACGUACCAUGGGAAAAACACAGAAGACCGCGAAGUCACUAUCAGGAGCAGCGAGGCUACUCGCAACGAUGAGCAAAGCUACGUGUCAUACAGACCGAACGGCACGCCUACACAUGAGUACGCAAGUCUGAAUACGACGAAAGACUACAACCGGGCGAGACUCGUUGCCUCUGACCCCCACCAGGAGAACAGUCGUAGCAGCGGUAAUGAAAUUUCUGACGGCAUUGUGUACUCCAAAACCAAGAAGAAAGGUGCAUCUUCAUCAUCGAGAGGCCGAUGGACUGACGCAGCAAGUGCAGACGAGAAGAGGGCCUACAAAGAAGACACUGACCAGAAGUCCACUGGCAGGGACUGCGGUCAGGUCCGUUACAGCGUCAACAGCACGUGCACGAACGGAAGCAGCGACGUCGACGAGUCGUGGUCCGGCAUCCGCAUCGGCCUCUACGCCAAUCACCUCACCCAUUGGCUCAGGCACUUCCCGCAAUCCCAGAUCCACGUGGUCAGCGGUGAGGAGCUCGUCAGGAACCCAGCCCGCGAGAUGGCCAUGGUCCAGGACUUCCUGGGCCUGCGGCGACUGGUGUCCGAGGACCACUUCUACUUCAACAGAACCAAGGGAUUUCCCUGCUUGAAGAAGAGCGAAGGCAGCGGUAGUCCUCAUUGUCUCGGCAAGACCAAGGGACGUACGCACCCCAGGCUAAGCGAAGAGAGCAUCAGGAGGCUGCGGAAGUUUUUUGAGCCGCACAACAGAAAGUUCUACAAACUUGUAGGACGGGACUUUGAGUGGGAGUGCCCGAGGUGAACGUUGAAAAUACUAAGUGACGUUUGUUUUGAAAAAAAAAGGGGGGGGGGGACAUUGAGAAGUUCUCAGCGUCUGGCCACGCGCACUGGCCGUUCUGACUGCCGGCUACGACGAACACCCAGAUAGGACUGGCUUCGUUUAGUGGCGCUUCCUGGUCUCGCUGUCCCCCCAUAAAGUGAUGUAAUUAAUUUGCGAAGAACCGCAAUGGCCCUUUAUGUUUUGAUGUCUUCGGCCUCUCGUAAAGCAACAGCAAUGGUACUGUGCAACAACUCAGCUGGCAAAUUAUAAUGCUGUGUUAAAGGGUGGGAACGAUGCGCUUUUUAGAAAUAACCAAACAUUAUGAAACUUUAGACGCACAUCGACCCUGCCAACAUAUCGUACUUUUUUGCGUCAACGUACAGUGAUCAAGCCGUAGAAUAUGACUUUCUUGUAUAACAUCAAAUAAGGGCUAGAUUUUACUGAGCAAUCGAGGCAGAAACAAAAGCCAGUACAACGUAUCACUAAACCGGUCAUGCGGCACAGCUUAAAUACGUAGGCCCAGUGUGUUCAUUUAAAAACAGCCCCUGACUCGGAACCCAGCUAACGCUCAAGGACUGCCUGAUGAGUUUUCAGAACUCCAAUCUCGCACUGAGAAGCAUUUCGACUUCAGAAUCGCGUACAAUUUUGGCUUUGGCUUUCUAAAGAGCAGCCCAGAAUGCGUAGAGAGGUGACAGAAUAAAUUGAAUGGACAAUAUUUCACUUGAUGGCAGAAUUUGGCGAUGAAGCGACAAGUAUUUCCCACUGUAGAGUAUAGUGAGCCAAGUGUGACUUCAAAUAAUGACAAGCCCAACAGCAGUCGGCCGUACAAUAUAUUACGCGGAGCAGUUACUGUACGGAGUACGAAUUCAGCACCUACUACAGUUGCAGCCCUUGCCAGUAGUCAUUCAUACUUCAAGGCGGUGUUCGUCCCGAAUCUUUCACAGCAAUAUUGACAUCUUUGCACUGUUACUUCGGGUGGCACAGCGUGGUCGUUUCAAACUGUAUAGUUAGGUCAAGUACGUGUAUUAGUAGUAGUAGUCAAACCAGAUGGUGUUUGUCUUUAUUUGUGGGAAAUUUAGCACGACGUGUAGUCGUUCCACUUCCGCAAGGAGAAAAGCGCAGACACGUAGUUGGUCAUUCAGUCUGGUCCUCACCCCGUAUAGCUUGGUAAUUAGAUGAAGGUAGUAGACUCCCCGGAUUGUUCCCACCUUCUAUAGACCAACUGACAGGUCCUAAUAUCCGCGCGGCGGUGACAGAAUUUUCGUUUUUUUUUCAACGGCACCGCUCUCUCUCUCCUGCUACAACUGAAUUAGCGUAAUCGCCAUCAUCUCGUCGUUACAUCACCAUCGGUAUUUGCAUAUGCUUUCAGAGGAAGGCAUCUUAGAUAAAUAACACAUAACCGGUGGCUUACUAUAGUCAUUGAGUGAGUACGAACGAAAGGAAAAUACAGCUGACGGUGGCAUAGGAGUAGAUGGAGUAAUCGGAUUUGGAAAUGUUCUCGCAUGAGAUGAGCUCGGUUAAUGAAGGACAACUCUAUCGUGAGCAGCACAAGCAGCGGCGUCACUACAAAGAUCAUUGCCAUCAGCAACACCUUCAUUACCCACAGUGUACUUUAGGGCGAAUUUCGCCGAAAUUUCACUGUGACUAAAUUUGUUAUAAAUGAAUAGAGUACACCAGUGAACCAACCUUCACAAAGCCGCAAGGCUGGUAACUGUAUAGUUUUAUUGUUAGCAGCGUUUAGCGGCACCUGAGCCGUUGGCGCUUGCACCUGAUGUUUUUUGCCAUGAAAACACCCAGCACGUUGCCUACGAGAUUUUUUUUUUCGAGGAAGAGCCACGGGCCGCCAUGGGCUCCAUCUCAUCUGUGACGUCAUGCCCAGAAGCCGCGCAUUGUCGGUCGUGCAUCACUUCUGGCGAACGGCUGUGGCGGCGCUUUUUACAACUAAGCUGUGUAGGACUAGGAUCCCUGGAUUUAUUCGUCUCCGUAGCCAAAAACUGAACCAGUCGCAGCUAAAGGCGCGCGCCGUUUGCUCCGUUGGCUUCCUUGCAGCACGACCAGAUGGCGCGCGCCUUCUCGGCAGCGGUGGCGCCGGUAGUGCGGAGGAAAGAAAAAAAAUUAGCCAGAAAGCUCGCCUGCACGCACACCGUUCGCCGCAAGUCUUUCCGCUAAAGAUAAUGGUUGCAUAAGCUGCAGUUGUCGGAAAGCAGAAACUGUAGUAUACGAAGCAGUGAGCGACGUCCCUAAGCUUUCAUAUAUACAAAAAAGAACCCGCCUAGCAACUGAUUCUAUUUGUGUUGUGACAGCGCUAUGGAAAGGCCGCGCAUAGUUAGGACUCCCGGAGAGCAGCGUGAACACGAUGAGUGGUGAUGGGAACAGCAACGUCAAUAUGCAGAACGACGUCGCGCUCAGGCUCGGACGGACCCAGUUCAAGGCGACGUCACCUUUGUCGAUCGGAUGAGGUGAUACCACAGCUUCACUGGCCAAGCACCUUCACAGCGUGGAUUGGGGUCAAUUUUUUAACGUUACGAUAUCGAAGGCGCGCAAAAUUGUGACGUUUUCGUGACGCUAGCACUUGUAUUUGAAAUGUCAAAUUUUGCACGGAUGCCUGUUUGACACCUACACCAUCGUAACUUAGGUGUUUUACUUGGCCCAAUAUUUCGUUGCAGUCGGCCUUUAGGUGUACAGAAAGUGGAAGGCGUAUAUUCAGUGACCUCAAAUUGCCCGUUUCAUACGUCAAAUAACUCUAGAACAUUUCAUAAUCCUUGAUUUCUUAAUCCUCGACUUCAUGGUCGUUCUCGGACCGUGCCCUUGACAAUGCUAGCCUUUCCUUGUCGCUCAUUCGGUUAAUCUAAUUGGGCCACUGGUUAUCUGCUCUGUGUCGUUACGUGCUGCACUGCGUGUUACACGAUACUCCUCACUGACCAUUUUCGUACCUGCAAGGUCACGUUUUUACACUUCAAGCAAGCUCCUACAACUUUCUGUGAGCAUCAGGCAGCUUAACGUCCUAAAGAAGCCGACUGCGUCUUUCCGUGGAGGCAGCUCUGUUCGGGCUAGUCAAGGUACAAGUGAAGCGCAGUACCGUUUCCCAGACUCCGGACGUUACACCGACCACCGUAUGCCGGCGCGCAUGCAACUGAGCUGAGUGUCAGUCCACCGUGUUUCGUAAAAUGAAGCUCAAUCUAUACCUGGCCCUAUUAGGCUGCCACCGAAGCCACACAUUCUUUUUACUUGUAGGUCAACUAAUCGUGCGUAGUAUUCUUUUGUUACGUCAGUCUUAGUGGUUCUGGCGUGGGCGUGCUGGAAAGAGGCAUCCAUUAGAAAACAAUUCUGAGCAAAACUUUAGUGUUGAGGAAAUUCUGUAGGAGUUCAAGGUAAAUUAGAACAACCAAUUUGGCACUGUAACUAGGCUCAGAACAUAUAGCACUGCACGUUCGACAGGUGCAUUAAGAAUACACACACAAGUACAAAAAAGUCGUACCAUUCGACGCAAUCAGAACAGUCGACAAAUGAAGCAAAGAUUACAAUUUCCAGUCAGAUAUUGUUAAUUUGUGAAUAACGAUUUGCGUAGGCAAAAUUUUACAAUAACAUUUUUUUUUCCUAUUUCCACUGUCACAAGAGCAGAUUAUCGCGGGAAAUAGCACAGUGUUUAAGUGGGCAAUAUUUUCUACCGCCGGUCACUCGUCCGAUCGUUUCAGAUGCCACAUGAAUCUUCAGUGAUGCCCUGCUCACAACAGGUCAGCGUCGGGUAUUUUCUGCUGACAAGGCUUUUGAUAAAUUGGUAGUUCUCAGUGCAGAGGGCCCGUUCAGUAACAGUGACAUAUACGUAAAGACGGUAUAGUUUUCCAGCAUCCCGGGAUCCUUGACUUUAAGCUAGUAGCAGAUACAAAAAAAUCGUGCUCGAGAUAAAAGGUUUCAUUGUGCUGUUCCUCUUUUUCCGUGUUUCUUCGCCAAGUGCUGAUGAAUUUAUCGUCGUGACUGAAGACAAUCUGUUCUUACCAUGGUAAUAAAACAUCUGUGUCCGUUUAA